AUGGCAGAAAAUCCCUCAACAACUUUUCAAAACUCAGAUUUUUCAGCUAUUUUAUUCCAGAAAUUGUUUGAACAAAAGCAAGCAAGUAAAUUUUGUGAUAUUACUUUAUCAGUUAACAAUAAAGUAAUAAAAGCUCACCGCAACGUCCUGGCAUGUAAUUCUCCAUACUUUGAUGCUAUCCUAAAAAACCAUAAAAUUAUUAGAGAACACAUUGCAAUAUCAUGUCCAGAUAAUAACUCUUUUAAUGCUAUACUAAACUUCAUGUACACCGGAGAAAUAACAGUAGAUUAUACUAUUGUUGAAGAACUUUUGAAGCUGGCAAAUCAAUUUUUAUUAACUAAAGUUAUAGAUUACUGUGUUGAGUUUUUGGGAACAAAACUUAAUGUUAUAAAUUGUUUGUUUACUUACUUUCUUACCAAGGAUUUUAAGUUGAAGUCACUUUGUGAUAUUGUUGAAAAUUGGAUAGCAAAUCAUAUUGAAGAUGUUUGUAAAGGAGAAGAAAUACUGGAGCUUAAUCCACAUCAACUUAUGCUUUUCUUUAAAAACAAGAAUUUUAUUUUAAAUACAAACCAAGCUUUGAAUUUACUCUCGCAGUGGGUGCUAAGAGACAUGGAAAAACGUGAAAAAGAUUUCGAUUUGCUUGUCAGAUGUUUCCCUACCAAUGAUCUGGAGCCUGUGGAAGUUUUUCAUCAUUUGGACAUGAGUACUUUAUAUAAUAAGAGUGAAUUAUGUUUGUACAAAAUUCUAGAUUAUCUCAUAACUAAUAAUUGGAUGCUAUCUAAUUUCAAAACUAGAUAUGAUGUAUUACAAGUAAAAUAUGGACAGCUUUUGCAUGAAAAAUGUAUGGUUGAUAUCAAACAGUCAAAAAUAACAGAUAUAGAUAGAACAGAUGCAAAAUUAUCCGAGAAGAAAGAACCAUUACUAGUGAAACCAAAACUAAAACAGAAGCAACAGAUUCUUUUGAAGAAAUUAAUAUUGUUGGGUUUAAAACCGGACAUUAGAAUGUCAGCUUUGAAAAUGUUAAAUUUAAAGAGAAGGUCACUAUCAAUGACAGAUGAAAAAGAAGAUACUGAAGUUAUUCAAGAGUUAGAUGAAAAAAUCGGCAUUAAGUGCCCUAUUUGUUUAACCACAAUAAAUGAUAGCCUAUUACUCGAACAACACCUAGCAUUAAGUCAUGCUAAAAAUGUAACCUACAAAUGUGGUCUGUGUUCUUUUGUAUGUCAAUACCAUGGUGAUUAUUUGAACCACAUGAAAACACAUUUUUCGGGACCACCUUUUAAGUGCGAUUUUU